UCAAAGAAGAUUAUGAAGAUACCGUAUCAUAAAAUGUCUGAUGAUGAUAUAAUUUUGAGAUUUGUGAGAUUACGUAUCAUACAUUUUAUCAUAUAAAUAUCUUCCCUGUUCAAAUGUAACUUCAUAAUUUGCCAAUUAUUCAAUUCCACAACUUUUGUUUCAAAUCUUUUUGGUUCAUUUUCUAAUGGCUUUAGAUGCUCAAUUUCAUGUUCUUGCUGUUGAUGAUAGUCUCAUUGAUAGAAAGUUGAUUGAAAGACUUCUCAAAUCCUCGUCUUUUGGAGUUACCACAGUCGAUUCAGGCAAUAAGGCCCUGGAAUUUCUAGGGUUGUUAGAUGAGACUGAAGAUGAAGAUUGUGAUUCUAAUAUUAGUCUUCAUAAUGUUCACCAUGAUACCGAAAUUAAUUUGAUCAUAACUGAUUACUGCAUGCCCGGGAUUACCGGCUAUGAUUUGCUCAGGAAGAUCAAGGAAUCUAAAUAUCUAAAAGAUAUUCCAGUGGUAAUCAUGUCUUCUGAGAAUAUUCCCUCAAGAAUCAAUAGGUGUUUGGAAGAGGGAGCAGAAGAGUUUUUCUUAAAACCAGUUCAAUUAUCAGAUAUGCAUAAGCUUAAACCACAUCUCACGAGGAGCAAAUCUAAGGAACUUGACUACUUUGAAGAUACAAAUAUUAACAAGAGAAAGAGAGACGAUGAGUGUGUUUCUCCAAACAAGUCAAGGAUCAAAUUGACUAGCUAGUAAUGAUCUUGAAUUACCUUUAUCCGUUGCGUUAUCAAGUAAUUACGACUACUGCCUUUAUGGAUCUGACCGAAGUUAAUAGUUUAAUUCACGCUAUCACUAUGAUAAUUAAUUAUGGACAGAGAAUUACCUUACGUACGUCAAUAGUUUGAUUCAUAUUAUUACUAUGAUAAUUAAUUCCAAAUAGAGAAUUUACGUACUUUUUAGAAUGGAGAUCAAGUUUUCUUAAUUUUUUUAUGUACGGAAAUGUUUUGAUUAGGCUUUAAACGAAAGAGAUCAAGUUUUAUUUUGAGAUUUUUGGGUCCAACAAGCCAAGGCAUAGGACUUGUAAUUAGAUUGCGGCACAUGUAAGUUUUGUAUAAAGCUACUUAGCUAGAUCAAUACAAAUUACACUGUUCUAUAUAGCAUAUUUCUCUAUAAUUAUGUUACCCUCUCAAUAACAAAGAAUUUAUUGUGUGU